AUGUCAAUUGGUGAAUUUCUUGCACAGCUACAUUCUUCACUUGAUAAACAACCUCGAGUGAUUGUCUCUGGAAAUGAUUCCGCAGAUCUCGAUUCCAUCAUAUCCUCACUCUUGUUUGCGUACUUUAGCAACCUUCGAGAUAAAACCAAGACAUAUGUUCCAGUUGUAAAAGUGCCUCGGGUUGAUUUAGAGCUUCGGCCAGAACUAAAAUAUGUUUUUAAUCAAGUAGGACUUGAUUAUCAACAAUUGGUCUGCUUGGAACAAGUACCAAGUCAAGGCGACGUGGUCUUGAUUGACCAUAACAGGGCAACACGGCCCUUUGAUGAUAACUGUAAAUGGAAAGUCACUGGUGUUUUGGAUCAUCAUGUAGAUGAAGGUUUUUAUCUGAAUGCACCCUUACGCGUCAUUCGUAUGGUUGGAUCCUGUGUGUCUCUUGUUUUGGAUCAUUUUGGAAACCCACAGUUGGAUGAAACCCUAGCCAAAUUAGCCGCGGCACCGCUGUUGACAGACACAGUCAACUUGAGAUGGGAACUGGGACGAACGACAGAUUUGGAUGUACAAGUGUUUGACAGAUUAAAGACCCAUGUAGAGACGACAGGUUACUUUAAAGAGAUUGAGAGAAUCAAGAGUGAAGUGAGUGAGAUGCCAACGGAGCAUAUCUUACGACGUGAUUACAAGGAAUUUGAAGUGGGGCCGUAUAGAAUAGGAACAAGUUCAGUCAAUUGGUACUUUGAAGCAUGGACUGAAAGAGACCAUGGCUAUCAAUCGAUUACUGAGACUAGUCUCAAGUUUGCCAAGGAAAGAAAACUAGACUUGCAGGUGAUCUUUACUGCCUUUGAUCAUGGACAGAACGGAGGCUAUCAGAGACAGUUGGCCGUGUUUGUGAUCAAUGAGAAACUGAGACCACUUCAAGAAAGCCUUGAAGCAUCAAAAGACAUUGGAUUGAAACCUCUGUUUGACAAUUAUUAUCAGCAAGAAAAUAUUAAAAUGUCACGUAAACAAAUUUGGCCUUGGAUCAGGCAAUGGAUUGAAACCAACGAAUCAAAAUAA